AUGUCCUGCUUGCUUCAACACAAGAAACAUUGCCAUAUCCUCAUCCUCAUGGACUUUGUUCAGCACAAGGACACUCCCAUAAUCAAGGCCAACAACGGGGGCCAAAGCUAUGCCCUCCUGGUCUCCCUUCUGCUUUUCUUCCUCUGCCCUUUGCUUUUCAUUGGUCGGCCUCAGACGGCAACAUGUCUCCUUCGCCAAACGGCUUUUGGCAUCAUCUUCUCGACCGUGUCUGAUGUCCCAGUGGCUACAUGCAAAAUCCGUUACCCUCUGCCAAUAAGUCACCGGUAUUAUCAUCCAGGGGACCUCACCAUUGCUGGCAUUAUUUCUCAAGUCUACACAUUUUCCGACCCUGUGACCUUCAAUCAGCAUCCAUCUCAUGACCUCCUGGACGAGAUUGGAUUUGUGACUCAGAUGUAUCAACAUACCCUGGCCUUUGCCUUUGCUGUAAUGGAGAUCAACGAAAAUCCUCAGAUAUUACCCAACCUCUCCCUGGGCUUCCACAUCUAUAAUAGCCAUUUUGUUGCCAGUUGGACUUACCUCGCCUCACUGGAGCUCGUCUCCACAUGGACCAACUUCAUCCCUAACUACAAGUGUGAUAGUAAAGAUAAUAUUGUUGCAGUCAUUGGGGGACCCGAUUCAGAUGCACAGCCUCUUUCUUUGUGCAAUGAACUCUGCCAUAAAGGUCACAGCAAGACCAAGAAGGAAGGGAAGCCAUUUUGUUGUUAUGAUUGCCUUCCGUGCCCAGGAGGAAAAGUUUCAACGCAGAUGGACAUGGAUUCUUGUUCCCAGUGUCCAGAUGACUCCUAUCCCAGCAAAGCCCAGGAUCAGUGCAUUCCAAAAAUUGUCAGCUUCCUAUCUUUCCAAGAGCCUUUGGGGAUCACGUUGGCCAUUUUUGCCCUUUUAUUUUCCUCCAUCACGGCCCGGGUCCUCGUGGUCUUUGUUCAGUACAAGGACACUCCCAUAGUCAAGGCCAACAACCGGGGCCUCAGCUACACCCUCCUGGUCUCCCUACUGCUUUCCUUCCUCUGCCCAUUGCUUUUCAUUGGUCGGCCUCAGACGGCAACCUGUCUCCUUCGCCAAAUGGCUUUUGGCAUCAUCUUCUCGGUGGCUGUUUCUUCUGUGGUGGCCAAAACCCUCACUGUGGUCCUUGCUUUCAUGGCCACCAGGCCAGGCUCUCAGAUGAGGACAUGGGUGGGGAAAAGGCUGGCCUUCUUUAUCGUGCUUUCCUGCUCCCUCCUUCAAACCACUCUUUGUACUGUGUGGCUGGCAAGCUCUGCUCCCUUCCCAGAUCUGGACAUGCACUCUCUGCCUCAAGAAGUGGUCCUAGAGUGCAGUGAAGGCUCCCCUGCCAUGUUCUACUGCAUCCUGGGUUUCAUCGGCCUCUUGGCCAUGAUCAGCUUUACGGUGGCUUUCCUCAGUAGGAACCUUCCAGACAGUUUUAAUGAAGCCAAAUUUAUUACUCUCAGCAUGCUGCUCUUUUGCAGUGUCUGGAUCUCUUUUGUUCCAGCCUACCAGAGCACAAAAGGGAAAUACACAGUGGCUGUGGAGAUCUUCUCUAUCUUAGCCUCAGCUGCUGGAUUAUUGGUCCUCAUUUUCUCCCCCAAACUCUACAUUAUCCUGAUAAGACCUGAGCUGAAUAACAGGCAACAGCUCACAAGAAAAGUCCUUAUAAAGUGA